AGUGGUUGGCGCUGUCUUCCAGCCAGUCACUUACAACGUGAACGAGGAUGCUGGAACUGCUGAAGUGUGUGUUGCAAUCGUUGCAAGAUCGCCAGCAGUCACUAUGCUGAGUGGGACUAGUAUUGUUACCCCACAGGUCAUAGGUGGAUCUGCAAGUAUGUGGUCAAAUGUCCCCUCAUUGACAAUUUUAUCCUGCUGAUUCUCAUGCCUGCAGCCCCCGGUGUGGAUUUCAUUUCAUCUUUCAGCCCAGCCGUUCUAUUAUUCACUGCUGGCACACCUCUCACCCAAAGCCCACUCACCUCCUCCACACAGUGUUUCACGUUUCCAAUCAUCAAUGAUAAUCUUGUUGAAGUUGUUGAGGACAUUCAAUUCGGUCUCAUUAAUCCAACUGGUCUCAUCGAUCCUGCUGGUCUCAAUUCACAAGCCACGGUCUUCAUUAAUAUAGACGAACGGGCUGAAUUUCAAUUGGAUAUGGCAGCAUACACUAUUGCUGAGAGUGGAGGAGCACUGAAUGUGUUUGCUCUGAUUGCAAAUGGAGCCGUUUUGGGUAUAGCCAUCGAAGUGACUGUCAGUACCGCAUCUAGCAACCCAUUAAGUGCUGUUGCACCUGCUGACUACGCUACAUCAACAAUGGUCUUUACAUUCAACCCUGCGAACAGUGGUCCUAUGCUUCUCAGCAUCCCAAUAGUGGAUGAUGCAGUACUGGAAUCAGACGAGACUUUCCGAGUAGUGCUUUCCGUCAAUGGUCCUUUUGCUGCAGUUGCGUCUGCCGUGAACCCAUUCGACUCUCCAGUUACCAUUCUUGACAACGAGGCUGUGAGGUUUAACAUCGCGCUCCAAAGUAGUGAGGUUCCUGAAAGUGCUGUGAAUGCUGUACUUGUCAUCUCACCACUCGAUGCCAUUCCCGGACCCUCAGAUCUCACCCUUCUGGUGUCCACUGCUCCUGGGACCGCUGCAGCGACCAUGGACUUUACCCCACUUUCUGCCGUGCAAGUCACUUUCCCAGUGGGGGCUUCUGGGCCCAUGACUGUCAAUAUACGCAUCAUCGAUGAUAAUUUUGUUGAAGGCAGGGAGACGUUCAGUGUGGCAGUAACCUCUGGUGAUCCGAGGGCAUUAAUCAGUGGAUCUCCUGCUACAGUUGCAAUUAUUGACGAUGACCGAAUUAUAUAUGGAUUUACAACGGGUACCUAUUCGGUGACUGAAGGAAGUGGGCCAAUGACAGUCACACUUCGGUUGGAACCAGGGAGUGGAAUUCCUCUGACAACCUUUACUGCACUAGUCUCUACCACUCCCGGGAUAGCUACAGUUCCAGGCGACUUUACUGGUCUGGCCGAUUUUCCUGUGGGGUUCCCUGCUCUCUCUGUUCCUGGAUCCACACAGGAUUUCUUUGUAUCAAUCACAAAUGAUGCUGUCCCCGAACUCACCGAGAGUUUCUCGCUAAGAGUUGGAACAAAUGACCCCGACGUUUUAGUUGCUACAGAAUUUGCAACUUGCAUCAUUAAUGAUGAUGAUAGUGAGCUUGUAAACAUUCUGUAUCCAGUCCUUAAACCACUCUCAUCCUAUUUCUCCCUCUCUUCCCUCUCUCUCACUCUCUCCACGUUCCCUUACAGGACCCGUUGUUGGCCUACAGCAGAUUGUGUACAAUGUCGAUGAAGAGAUGAUGCCUGGUCAGAUAGAAGUGUGUGUUCAAAUUUUCAGUCCUGGAAGCAUUCCUGUGCCUGUGAGUGUCGAUUUCACCACUCAACCUGGAACUGCUAUGGCUCCGAUGGACUAUGUGGCUCUGCCUGUCCCGAAUAUGGUCACAUUCCCUGCUGGGUCUGUAACAGGGACCAGUCGGUGUGUAGACAUCACUAUCAUCAACGACAAUGUACUGGAGAUGAAUGGGGAGAACUUUUUUGUUGAUAUCACUACUAGCGGUAAUGCUGUUGUAUCACCUGGACGGGACCGUGCCACAAUCAUCUUCGCAGAGACUAACGACCUGAUUGUGUGCAACUUUGAUCCAACAAAUGGACCAACUGUCGUAGAAGAUGAUACAACGGUGGAGGUCUGUAUCAUAUGCAAUAGCAACAGUCUCUCCCCGUCCUCAUCCAUCACAUUACAAGUUAUCUCUUCUGGAGGAAGUGCAACGGGUAAGGCUGGUUUGGACUACAACGCUGUCACUGGAAACCCCCCGUUAGUAUUUACUGCCGGCAACACGAGGCAGUGUGUCGAUGUAACCAUUUUGGAGGACCCAAUUGUUGAGAAUCCAGAGACCAUUAUUCUUGUUGCCGUACCUGGUGCAGCACUACCACCUGGUGUUUCCAUUGGCCCCGGAACCACAGUCACUAUUCAAGAUGACGACGCGUUGCCGAUAAGAAUAGUGCCGCCACCUACUGAUGUUCCUGAGGGUGGAGGGCCGGCACUUGUGUGUGUUGAGGUCGUCAGUGGACAACUCGCUUCAGGAGUAACUGCCGUCGUAAACCUGGCAACUAGGGGUGGAAGUGCUAAUGCACCCGCUGAUUAUACCUCAGUGUCUAUGGCAUUGACCUAUAACUCUGGUAACACUGGGAAUAUGCUCUGCAUCAGCAUACCGAUUGAAGACGAUAAUGUUUGUGAAAACAGCGAAACAAUCUUUGUUGAUUUGACUUCAACUGAUCCAAACGCCAUCACUGUCCCUCCAACUUCUACAAGUGUGACUAUCACGGAUAAUGAUGUGGCUCAAGUCGCUCUGACAAAUGCAGACCCCAACGAGUUUGCAGAUGGAGCCUACAUUGUCACAGAGUGCGCCGACGAAGGAUUUUACUUUGACAUCAGUAUCACCAAUUCAGUUAUCAAGGGACCUGGUGUAUCCUGUGAGAUUUCAGUGGAAACAGAAAGCGGAACCGCUGGGUCUUCGUGUGACUAUGUGACAUUAGACGCCACCUGUAUUCUGGAUAGCUCGAACUCGGACUGUGAAUUCCACAUUGAGAUUUUGGAUGACUUCACUGCCGAAAUGACCGAGUACUUCUUUAUCAGUCUAACCUCCAAUGACCCCACAAGAUGCAACAUUGCAAACGACAACAUUACCAUCAGAGUCAUCGAUGAUGAGGACUGUGAUGAUGAAGAUGUUUGUGGAGCUUUUGAGAUGUGCGAGGAGCUUAGGUGCCCCAGAAACUUCACUUGCAGGCCGAUUGGCCCUGACAUUGGAGACGAUCCUCACUUUGCGGUGACUCUGGAGUCGGGCAAGACUCUCUGCUACACUGUCCAGGGAGAGCACGGCUUUGCCUUCAACCUCAUCAGCAACCAGAAGGUCUACAUGAAUGCCAUGUUUGUUCCCGACAGAGACAGAGAGGAGGUGACUUGGCUUGGUAACAUGGGCAUCGUCGUCAACAACAACGGCUACAAGAAGUCCAACAUGACCAAGCUCCGUUUCGAGGCCAUCAAGAACAAGAUCCACGUGGACGACCAGAUGGUCCUGGAUGCAAGGAACAUUGAGAAGAUCACCAUUCAGAACGGGAAGCUGACAAUUUCUGAAGCACCUCCAAUGGAGGGAUACAAGCAGCCGUUUGUACGCGUGGAUCUCAAAGACGUGGAACUGAGUUUCAGUGUCAAGUUUAUGACCGAACAUCUCGAUCUCUACUGGCACAGUACUGGACAGAACCUUGCAGAUUCUCACGGACUCAUUGGUCAAUUCUUCCACCACGACGUGGUUCUGGACGAGGUUCGUAAGAUCCUCAUGAUCCCAGGGAAGGAACCGGUGCCAAUCCAGAGGAAGCCGGUAUGGGCCUUCAUGGAGAGAGAGGCUAUGGACUCCAGCAACUACUGCUGGGUGGCCAUGAACCCUGGCUUCCAGGGAGAGGGUCUCAUUGAUGGCACCUACUUUGACUACCUCGUGGACGACGUCCUCUCGACUGAGUUCAAGUUCAAAAAGCUGUAGGAACAUCAAAAGCUAAUAUACAAUCAUGUGACUGUUCUUUCAUAUUCAGACAGACCAGCCUGUAGCUAGCUUGUGUAAAUAUUAUUAUAGUAUAUACAACAUUAUUUUUAUCCCCCAGA